AUGUGCCUGCGCAGGUUGUACCUGUGCUACCUCAAGAAGGAUGUGUACAGUGCAGCGCAGGCUGCCAAGUGGCAGGAGAUCCUUCAGGACAUCAUCAUGAAGCAGCAGCAGGAGACUCCGAGACGAAUGGAGGAGUUUCUGUGGAAGCGCACGAACCAUCGAUUUGUUGCCAACAUGGUGAUGACAAUGUGGUGGUGGCAGCAGCAGGCAGCAGUGGUGCCAGUGGUGGCGGUGACGGCAGUGGUGGUUGUGAUGGCUGUUGUGGUGGUGGUGGUGGUGGUGGUGGUGGCGGCCAUGGUGAGGUUGGGAUCUGGUAGGGCCCUGGGCAGCGCUGGUGAGUGGCAGUGGGUGGUGGGUGUCGGGGUGUCACAGCCGCCGCCACACAGCAAGGAGCGGCUCGGGCAGGAGCAUGCGAAGUGGAAGCAGCAAUCCUGUGAGAUACGGGAUCUCUUGGGCGUUUCCAGAGACUUUGCUCCUUGGACGUCUCGGAACACUUUCUUGGGCGAGGGCAUCAAUAUGACAGACCGUAUCCGAGACCUGUUGGACGUUACUGCGGCGAAAAUCCUCCUGAAGAAGCAUGGCAACCCAAAACACGAGUUGAGCAGAGUCUUCCUUGACGUGAGCCAGAGCCACAUCAGCGGCGAGAGAUCGCAAAGCGCGGAGGGCGAAGGAACCGGUAAUCGUGCUACCAGCUCCCAAACGGUCUAUCAAGUCUAUCAUUUCUGGUCCCAAUCGCCCUGUCAUGAGGACAGAGACUUCCAUGCAAAGUUGAUGGCAUGCUUGCGCUGCCAUCUUGCUGUGGUCACUGGAUGCGGUGUAGAAUGGCCUGAAGGCGUCGAGCGAUGCAAGGAUGACCCUGCCUUCAAUGAGAGGGUGGAAGAGGCUUUGCAGAACUUGGUGCAUGUGGAGGACGGAGAGCCUGAGAAGAAGCGGGUCUACAAUCCACCAAGUGCUGUGGAUACUCGCUUGUGCUGCGGAGAAAUGACAUACGUGGAUGUCCUGUUUCUUUCUCCACAGGAGGUUGUGCGCCACACAGGAGGGACGGCAGAGUCCUUGGGACUCUCCAUCUGUGAGAGGACAGCUGAAGAUGGACAGUCCCGCAUCAAGGGCUGCUACAUUCGUGCAGACGAUGCCCCAAAGGAUAUGAAUGUGAUGACAUGGUUGUCCUUUCGCCGAGUGCGUCUCUUCUGUGAGUCGUCAACCCUCCAUGCGAAAAAAGCGUUGCAGCCGCAGAAUCAGAUUCAAGCUGAUCAGGGCAGUGCUAUGCUGACCUUGAUGGAGAAGAGACGUGUUGCCCAGGAUGAGGGGCGACCUGAGGUGGGGAAGCUACAUGAGCUGAAGAGCUUGGCUGAGUUGUGCGCCAAGCAAGCGCUCAAGGAUGAUAAGAAGCGGCAGAAGGAGGAAUUGAUUUCUCAGGCGCUUGUUGCAGAGGGUCUGAACGAGCCAGACCCACAACCAGCGGAGCCUGUGGAUCAGGAGAAGCUAUCACGCCUGCAAGCAUUUCAAGUUGACUCAGCUGAAGCAGGUCCUGCGCCAAUCUCCGAGCCAGUUCGAAAGAGAAAGAAACAGCCUCCCAGCAACGCAGGUGUCUCGGAUGCUGGUGUCUCAGGUGCCGGCAGGAGCAAGGCAGCAAGCAAGCAGGGCAGUGCAAAGGUUUCGCAGCCAGGAAAGAGUGAUGGUCCUUCAGCUGGCCCAGCGCAGGAGCCAGACACAAUUCUGGAAGCUCUUGCGCACGACCGUCCUAUGCAAAAAGCCAAGCGCCUCUUGACUUCCAUCAAGGAUGACGGUGUGGCCAAGAUCCUGCGAAAGCGCUGUGCCCUUAUCGACACCAUUCAGGAGCUGGUGCAGACAAAGGACCUUCGUACAAUUGAGCCGGAGGAAUUGCAGAAGCGGUAUCACUUCUUGAAGCUUGAUCCAGAGGGCUCAACCAUUGAGCCGACCGACAGUCUGAAGCUGAAAGUUCUGGUCACCGCUGUGAGCGCGCAUGCCAAGAAAAUGGUGGAGUCGGAAGCUGAGAAGGAUGUCCAGGACUUCCUGCGCAUGAUCGUGCCCUUCUCUGAGAAUUGCAAGGGGUUUGACUACUUCGCCCCCACAAUGAUGGACACAGUUCUGGAGGCCCUCGCCAGAAUUGAUCAGGAUUCGGGGGGCUGGAACAUGCUGGCCAAGGAAGAGUUGCAGGAUCUGCCUGAGCCAACGCCAAUCAACUGGGAGGCGAUGGGCGAGUCUUUGUUGGCGUGUGUGGGCUCCGGCUCUGUGGUGGGGCUUUUGGCGACUGUGGCAGAGUUGGGUCAGAAGGACUUGCCUGUCAGCAAAGAGGCCGCAGCAAAGAAAGCAGAGGCUUUCUUGCUCCGUUUGGCCCAAGACAUUCUGUCAGCCUUUGAAUUGCAGAAGGUGCCUGAGGGAUUGCCAGCUGCGGCGCUCCCGUUGGAGGAAGCAAUGCAGAAAGUGAAGUGCUUCUGUCGAAGCAUUGUUGCGUUGCUGUCACCAAUCCCUAGACACAUGGAGUCAUCAGUUGAGACCGUGGAGACUGCCCUCAAGGAUUCAAGCUUUUCCUUCAUGUUUCUGGAGUUCAAAGAGCACUUGACAUCCUCGCCAUACUGGGUGGAGCUACUUGCACGAGCACGGAAGUCAGCUGUGGCAGAUGUGGAGUUUGCGAUGGACAUUUCAAAGGCAACAAAGAUCAUGCAGGAUGCCGCCAACAUUGUACAGCGAGUAGAGGCAGUGAAGGCUGCAAUGCAGACCCGUUGCAGAAUCCAAAGGUAUCUGCGACCUGGUGCACUGGCAGUGAUGGAGGCAGAAGCUUUGGUGCAGCUGCAGUCCAUUGCCCAUGAGGUACUGCAGAGCGAUGCUUCUGGACAGCAGGGUGCAAUUCUUGCAAUCGAUUGUGAGUGGCUUGUGGGUGCAUUGACUUCAAUGCCGGCUCCCGCUUCAUGCCAGGCAGAGCUGGCUGACCUCGUCAUUCGCGUGAAGCAGUGGAAGAGUGCUAACCUCUCAAGCCUGACAUUCCAUGAGCUUCAGGAAAUUGUGACAAAGUUUGCGAGAACUGCUGACACAACUCCUGAUUGGAGCCAGUUCGUGCUUCCAGAUGCCCUUCGUGUUGUGGAGGCGUUGAAAGACACGGGCGCCAUAGAGUCUAGCCAAGGGAAUGUGGAGGCACUCCUUGCCAUCGUCUUGGACUACCUUGGCAGUGUGGUCAGCAAGCUGACGCCGCGUGAAGCAGUUGGUGCCCAGCUUUCGCUCAAGAAGGAUGUGCUCAUGGCGAAGAAGAUGCUGAACAUUGUCAACCAUUCUCAGCGUGAGUGGGUGUCUCUUCAGCUGACCUUGAUUGAGGAGAUGUGUGUCUACCAGAUUUCCGUGAAGCGCUUGCUUGAUUUGGGCAGUGACACUGCGCAGUUGGAGGGGGAUGCCACCAGCAUGCUCUUUGAUACCUUCUCCAGGGCCUGCACCGGCAUCGCCAACAUGGUCAAGAAGGCAGAGACUGUGGAGAUGCCCAGCUCAAUGGCUGAGCCAGUUGAUGCUGAGCGGCCAGUGCUGUUUGGAGUUUCGUUCACUCAGGAGUUCAAGCGCAUUGCCAGCCAAUCUUUCCCGAUUGUUGGACUCCGUUGUGCUGCAAUGAAAGAGAAGGUGGAUGGCCUUGUCAAUGUCAUGAAGGAGAAAGCUCAGGGUUUGACAAUGGAGACCCCUGACACAUCCUGGAAAUCAGGGCUCAAGGAGGACGCUGAGCUCAAGGAUGUUCAGGUGGCAGCCCGGGACAAGUUGGGGAAGUUUGAUGGGAAUGGGCUCCGCACCUGCCGUGAUGCGUUGAUGAAGGAGCUCGAUGCUGCGCAGAAUUUCCUGGGGAAGCACCAGGUGAUUUUGCCAAUGGCUCCCAAUGAAGUGGUGGAUGGGUUGAAGGCUUCCAUCAAUGGUUCCCUGACCUCAUCGCAGUAUUGCAAUGCAAUCCUGAUUGAGGGCAUGAUCUUUAAUGGCCUGGAGCAGAAGGUCAAGAUCAAUCGUGACAAACUGCUCAGGGCUCAGUAUGACAAGCUCAUGGGGAAGGAUGCUCCGCCUGAGUCGCUAAUUCAUCCUGUUUUGCUAAAAGCCUGCAAAGAGAUUGCCUGA